GAACUUCCCAACACAGAAAUCAAAUCGGAGGACCUGAAGAUCAUAUCGAGAAUAGCAGAAGGCUCUUUCGGUAUCAUCUACAAGGCUGAAUGGAUGUCUGCAACGGUAGCUGUGAAGCAAGUUCGCAACUCGAGCAGCUUGGACUCAGAAGAAUUCAAUCAGAUUAUUUAUGACUUCAAGAGUGAGGUCUCGAGACUGAUGAACCUGCGGCAUCCGAAUGUAAUUUCAUUUUUCGGAACCCUGACGGAUUCGAACACGUUCUGCAUAGUCACAGAGCUUCUUGAAGGUGAUCUUAGGAAAUACCUCAAGAAUGAAGCCUUGUUCGAUACUUUAGAACAUCGAAUAGAGCUUCUCCGAGAAGCUGCCUGCGGUGUAAGAUACCUUCAUGAAAAUCGGUUGGUGCAUCGGGAUAUCAAACCUGAGAAUUUCCUGCUGCAGCGACUCCACUCGAAUAUGAUCGUGAAAGUCUGCGACUUCGGACUCUCUCGGAUCAAAGAAGCAAGUCAUGUCAACACCAUGCGGACGGCAGGGACCAUGCUCUACAUCGCGCCGGAAGUUCACCGUGGAGAACAUUUCGACGAGCGCAGCGACAUUUACUCCUUCACCGUGAUGAUGUGGGAGGUGGCUGCUGUCAAGACUCCUUUCUCCGGUAGACCCAUCGCUUCCAUCCCUGGGAUUGUUGGCUGGGGAAUGCAGAGGCCGUCGCUGGAGGACCUCGCCGAU